AUGGGUGUCAGGUGUGCAGGCUGUGCAUGGGAUGAGUGUCAGGUGCGCAGGCUGUGCAUAAAAUGGGUGUCAGGGGUGCGCAGGCUGUGCAUGGGAUGUCAGGUAAGCAGGCUGUGCAUGGGAUGGGUGUCAGGUGCGCAGGCUGUGCAUGGGAUGGGUGUCAGGUACGCAGGCUGCUGUGCAUGGGAUGGGUGUCAGGGGUGCAGGCUGUGCAUGGGAUGGGUGUCAGGGGCGCAGGCUGUGCAUGGGAUGGGUGUCAGGGGCGCAGGCUGUGCAUGGGAUGGGUGUCAGGGGCAC